GUGAGGGGGAGAGAGAGAGUGAGAGAGCGAGCGCGUCGCGCCGCGCCGCGCCGCGCGUUUUCCGCUCGUGCCUCUCCGCCUCUCCGCGGCCGUACGACAACGACGUCCGCUCGUCGUUGCAGUGUUUCCUUCCCUCAUCGUGAUAAGGAUGUUCACGAUGUUCUCCGGCAAGAUGAAGAUCGAAAUCUGCGAGGCGAGAAAGCUACGCGCGACCGACAAGCAGCGGAAGUUCUGGAAAGAGAAGGAGGAGCCCACGCUCGACCCGUACGUACAGCUGGACGUCGAUGAGUUACACCUGGCCCGCACGACCACCAAGCUGAAAACCUCUGACCCGGUGUGGAACGAGUGCUUCAUCCACGAGGUGCAGCAGGCGGUCUUUCUGGGCCUCACCAUCUUCCACGACGCGGUGCUGCCGCCGGACUACUUCAUCGCCAACUGUAACAUCCCGUUCACGGAACUCGUAAAAAACCUGUACGAGGGGAUCAACGAUUUCUGGGUUGAACUAGAACCUCAGGGAAGGUUGCGACUGAGAAUAGCCAUGUGGAAUGCACCAAUCCGACAACCAAGUUUCUAUGGAGAGUAUAGCGGUGGGGAACACAGUCGCAUAAAAGGCAAAAAGGACCGGCAUGAAUUUAAGGAGAAAAAACAGGCGCUAAACCGUCGGAGAGCGAUGCGUCGGAGAAUUCACCAAGUGAAUGGGCACAAAUUCAUGGCUACCUUUUUGAGGCAACCAACGUUUUGUUCGCAUUGUCGUGAUUUUAUUUGGGGCUUUGGCAAGCAGGGCUAUCAGUGUCAAGUAUGUACUUGCGUAGUCCACAAGAGAUGUCACAUGUUGGUGAUAACCAAAUGUCCAGGAAUGAAAGAUGAGGGUAGCGCAACCGGAGGAGCAGAGGCGAUCCAAGGCACCACUCAAGAAAUAGCGCGCUUUAAUAUAGAUGUUCCCCAUCGUUUUGCUCUUCAUAAUUAUAAGAGAUUUACAUUUUGUGAUCACUGCGGAUCCUUACUGUAUGGUUUGUUCAAGCAAGGCUUACAAUGCGAAGCUUGUAACAUGAAUGUUCAUAAACGAUGUCAAAAAAAUGUCCCAAACAGUUGCGGUCUUAAUACCAAAGCUAUGAGCGAAAUUCUAAAAACGAUAAACUUCUGCGCAAACAAGCAAUCAAGAGCUCCAAAAAUUAGAGUAUCUUCACGUCCGCAAACACCCACAAUUACAGAAAAGGAAGAAGACCCAGAUGAAAAAAAUUUUAAAAAGGGUAAAAAAGGAAUGAAAAAGGACCAAAAGAAAGGACAGAAAGAAAAAACAAUAAAAGAAGGAAAAGAGGAGUCAAGAAAGGGGUCCAAAAGAGACGAGUCGGAUGACACGGACGAACUAGCGGAAGAACAGUCAGACGAUAUGGACAAUUCACAGACGAGUUUAAAAGACUUGUCAAGUUACACCAAAGAUGACGAUAGGAAUAACAGCAGCGAUUUAAAAAGAUUUGGUUUAGACGACUUUAAUUUUAUUAAGGUCCUCGGUAAAGGCAGUUUCGGUAAAGUAAUGUUAGUUGAACUGAAAUCUAAUCCCGAUGAGAUUUACGCCGUGAAAAUCCUGAAGAAGAGUGUCAUUAUUCAAGACGACGACGUGGACUGUACGAUGACGGAAAAAAGGAUUUUGACCCUUGCAGCGAAACAUCCUUUCCUGACAGCUAUUCACAGUUGUUUUCAAACGACUGACCGACUCUUCUUUGUUAUGGAAUAUGUCAAAGGAGGUGAUCUGAUGUUCCAUAUUCAGAAGGCUCGAAAGUUUGACGAACCGAGGGCACGUUUCUAUGCGGCGGAGGUGAUACUCGCGCUUCAGUUUUUGCAUAGAAAUCACAUUAUAUAUCGCGAUUUAAAACUGGACAACAUACUGCUCGAUGCAGAAGGACAUUGUAAAUUGGCGGAUUUUGGAAUGUGUAAGGAGAAUAUAAUCGAGGGAGAAACGACAACAUCGACAUUUUGCGGCACGCCGGACUAUAUAGCUCCCGAGAUACUUCAAGAGUUGCCGUAUGGUGCUAGUGUUGAUUGGUGGGCUCUCGGUGUUUUGUUAUACGAAAUGGUGGCUGGACAACCACCCUUCGAAGCCGAGAACGAGGACGAUCUGUUUGAAUCGAUCUUACGGGACGACUUAGUGUUUCCAGGAUGGGUUUCUCCGGAAGCGGAGUCCGUUUUAAAAGCCUUUAUGACCAAGAAUCCUGCCAAGCGAUUAGGUUGUGUUGCAGCCGACGGUGGCGAAAGUGCCAUAAGGGUCCAGCCAUUUUUCAAAUACCUAGAUUGGGAAGCUCUCGAAGCACGUAAAAUAAAACCUCCAAUCAGACCUAAAAUUAAAAAUGAAAAAGAUGCCUUGAACUUUGAUACGGAAUUCACGAAGGAAGAUCCUGUAUUAACGCCGGAGAGUGCAGACAAAUUAGGCGACAUCAAUCAAGAAGAGUUUCGUGGUUUCUCCAUAGUAAAUAGAGACUUCAAUCCAUUAAGAUCUUAGGCCUGCAAAAUAAGAGAGCGCAAGCGGGACUGUAAGGAGCACUUACCUUUGUUUCCCGGACACCCGGAUCCUCACGAUACCGACGCGCCUCUCGAGAGCUUGUACGAGAAUGGGAAUUCUUUGCGUCUUCGAAGUAGGAGGGUGAUGUGAGGGAAGGAAGCCCGUUACACAUUUGUUGAUCGUACGUCCUGCUGUCGUUUGCUAGAACGAUGGGGCGUUGAUCAGCAAAUUGUAACGUUCUAAGCGCCAGAAGCAUUAACUUCCGAUGGAGACUGUGUCGAUACCUUUCUUCUCCGUGUACUUCCAUGUGUAUACCUCCCUGUUACAACCUCAUCGUAGCGUUCCUACGAAUUGUACACACAAAUACAUACCGUGUGUAUUGAUUCACACUACGGUGUCUCCUUAUCACCGACGAUCGUAAUCCGAUUACGGCCGCUAAUUGCACGUCUCCUUAUAUUUAUUGGCGUUUUUUUUCUAUCCCCUUGUGACCCAUCUAUCUUUUUCGGCCCGUCGACGUGAUAGAGAACUAUCUCGAUGUGUAAAAGUACCUGACGAAGACGUAAGACGAUCGAUAGCUCGCAUCUCUUCGUAUUCUUGACAUCGUCAAACAUAAUUUUUGAGUCUAUAUUCGCUAAAAAGAAAUACUAUUUAUGAAAUUUCGUCGACGUAUGCACAUCCUUCUUUGGCCCGUCGACGCGAUAGAAAAAAAAAUCUAUCUCAUUGUAAAAAGUACCUGAUGAAGGCGCAAGACGACCGUUAGCUCGCGUCUCUUCGUAUUCUCGGUGUCAUCAAACAUGAUUACUUAUGCUCAUAUUUUUUCACUAAGCUUACGAAGCUUCAUUGAUAUUCAUAAAGUACUUUUCUUCGGCCCAGUGAAUAUCGAGAAGACUAUCUCGAUAUAAAAGUAUCUGGACGAAGACACAAAACGUUCGAUCACGUCUCCUCGUAUUCGUAACAUCUUCAGAUGUGAUUAUCGAACUCAUAAUAUUCUCUUUGCAAGUCUAUGAAGCUUCGUUGGCAUACAGUGUAUUUACUAUGAAUCUAGUCAGAAUGGAGAUUUACGGGACGGAUCUGGUCUGAGAAUUCGUGUUACACGGCGGAUGCGUCAAAGUCUAGAGAGAAGAGAGCGAGAGAAACGGGUUAGUCCGGCCUACGCUUUAAGAAGAUUAAAAAAAA